AAUGAACUUGCCACCCGACAAAGCCAGAUUACUUCGGCAGUAUGACAAUGAGAAGAAAUGGGAGUUGAUCUGUGAUCAGGAAAGAUUUCAAGUGAAGAAUCCUCCACAUACAUAUAUCCAGAAAUUAAAGGGCUAUCUCGAUCCAGCAGUAACCAGGAAGAAAUUCAGAAGACGAGUCCAAGAAUCUACGCAAGUACUACGAGAACUGGAAAUUUCUUUAAGAACAAAUCAUAUUGGAUGGGUCAGGGAGUUUUUGAAUGAAGAAAACAAAGGCCUGGAUGUUCUGGUGGAAUAUUUGUCAUUCGCACAGUACGCAGUCACUUUUGACUUUGAAAGCUUGGAGAACAAUGUGGAAAACUCAAUGGAUAAAUCCAAACCUUGGAGCCGUUCCAUUGAAGACCUGCAUAGAGGAAGUAACUUACCCUCGCCAGUUGGCAAUAGCAUUUCCCGCUCUGGCAGGCAUUCUACUCUACGAUCGGUUUCUCUGCCUGAACAACUUCAGUUCAAACGCCGCCAGAGCUGCUUUUCACCCAACUGUCUCUGGAGCGGCUUCAGUUUACACUCUGCUGGUGAGGCUUCAAGCCGGAAAAUCUCAUAUAAUACCUUGCCGAGCAGAAGAACACUAAAAAAUUCAAGAUUAGUGAGUAAAAAAGAUGAUGUUCAUGUCUGCAUCAUGUGUUUACGUGCCAUAAUGAAUUACCAGUAUGGAUUCAAUAUGGUCAUGUCACAUCCACAUGCUGUUAAUGAGAUUGCACUAAGCCUGAACAACAAGAAUCCCAGAACAAAAGCCCUUGUCUUAGAACUGUUAGCAGCCGUUUGUCUUGUCAGAGGAGGGCACGAAAUUAUUUUAUCUGCAUUCGAUAACUUUAAGGAGGUUUGUGGAGAGAAACAGCGCUUUGAGAAGCUGAUGGAACACUUCCGAAAUGAAGACAACAAUAUAGACUUCAUGGUGGCAUGUAUGCAGUUCAUCAACAUUGUAGUCCAUUCAGUAGAGGACAUGAAUUUCAGAGUUCAUCUCCAGUAUGAAUUUACGAAAUUAGGCCUGGACGAAUAUUUGGAUAAGCUGAAACACACAGAGAGUGACAAACUGCAGGUGCAGAUUCAAGCUUACUUGGACAAUGUGUUUGAUGUGGGAGCUUUGCUUGAAGAUGCCGAAACCAAGAACGCAGCCUUGGAAAGAGUUGAAGAACUGGAAGAAAAUAUUUCUCAUUUAUCGGAAAAACUGCAAGACACAGAAAAUGAAGCUAUGGCUAAGAUUGUGGAACUGGAAAAGCAGCUUAUGCAGAGAAACAAAGAACUGGAUGUUGUUCGAGAAAUUUACAAAGAUGCAAAUACCCAGGUUCACACGUUGAGAAAAAUGGUCAAAGAAAAAGAGGAAGCCAUCCAGCGGCAGUCAACCCUGGAGAAAAAAAUCCAUGAACUGGAAAAGCAAGGGACUAUUAAAAUUCAGAAGAAAGGUGAUGGUGACAUCUCUAUUCUUCCUGUUGCUGUGGCCUCUGGGACACUGCCAUCAGGGUCAGAAGCUACAGCUGGCAGAUGUGUGGGACCAGUGACUGGGGCUACGUCUUCAGUACCAUUGCCGCCACCUCCACCCCCAUUGCCACCAUUACCACCAACAUCUGAGACAGUGCAAAAUGGUCCUGUGACAGCACCUAUGCCACCUCCGCCUCCGCCUCCACCUCCACCUCCCCCUCUUCCUGGUCCAGCUGCAGAGACAGCCCCAGCUCCUCCACUGCCUCCCCCCCCCCCAUCAGCACCCCCUCUGCCAGGAACAGCCUCUCCCACAGUGAUUUUCAACUCAGGAUUAGCAGCUGUGAAAAUCAAGAAGCCAAUCAAGACAAAGUUCCGCAUGCCUGUCUUUAACUGGGUAGCGCUCAAACCCAAUCAAAUUAAUGGGACAGUCUUCAAUGAAAUUGAUGAUGAAAGGAUCCUGGAGGAUUUAAAUGUGGAUGAAUUUGAAGAAAUAUUCAAGACAAAAGCUCAAGGUCCAGCCAUUGAUCUUACUUCAAGCAAACAAAAGAUAACUCAAAAAGGGUCAAACAAAGUCACAUUAUUGGAAGCAAACAGGGCCAAAAAUCUUGCCAUCACUUUAAGAAAAGCUGGAAAGACUGCAGAUGAGAUAUGCAAAGCUAUUCAGGUAUUUGACCUGAAGACGUUGCCAGUAGAUUUUGUUGAAUGUUUGAUGCGAUUCUUGCCCACUGAGAACGAAGUGAAAGUCUUACGGCUCUAUGAGCGGGAGAGGAAACCUCUCGAGAACCUGACUGAUGAAGAUCGGUUCAUGAUGCAGUUCAGUAAGAUUGAAAGGCUGAUGCAGAAGAUGACCAUCAUGGCCUUCAUUGGCAACUUCGCAGAAAGCAUCCAAAUGCUGACACCGCAACUCCAUGCAGUAAUAGCAGCAUCUGUCUCAAUAAAGUCAUCCCAAAAGCUCAAGAAAAUACUGGAGAUAAUCUUGGCUCUUGGUAACUAUAUGAACAGCAGUAAAAGAGGAGCAGUUUAUGGGUUUAAACUACAGAGUUUAGAUCUGCUGUUAGACACAAAGUCAACGGACAGAAAACAAACACUGUUGCACUAUAUAUCCAAUGUUGUGAAAGAGAAGUAUCACCAAGUGUCCCUCUUUUACAAUGAACUUCAUUAUGUGGAGAAAGCUGCUGCAGUGUCCCUUGAAAAUGUCCUGUUGGAUGUCAAGGAGCUCCAGCGGGGCCUGGACCUGACAAAGCGAGAAUACACCAUGCACGACCACAAUACAAUGCUGAAGGAAUUUAUUCAUAACAAUGAAGGAAAACUAAAGAAACUGCAGGAUGAUGCAAAAAUAGCCCAGGAUGCCUUUGAUGAUGCUGUGAAAUAUUUUGGGGAGAAUCCCAAGACAACGCCCCCAUCCGUCUUUUUCCCAGUCUUUGUCCGAUUUGUGAAAGCCUACAAGCAAGCAGAAGAGGAGAAUGAGUUGAGAAAGAAGCAGGAACAGGCACUCAUGGAAAAACUUCUGGAACAAGAAGCAUUGAUGGAGCAACAGGACCAAAAGUCUCCUUCACAUAAAACAAAGAGACAGCAGCAAGAGCUAAUUGCAGAGCUACGCCGACGACAAGUCAAGGAUAACAGACAUGUGUAUGAGGGGAAAGAUGGAGCAAUUGAAGACAUUAUAACAGAUCUUAGAAACCAGCCAUACAGACGAGCCGAUGCGGUAAGGAGAAGUGUUAGGCGACGCUUUGAUGAUCAGAACUUGCGCUCUGUAAAUGGUGCUGAAAUAACCAUGUGAGCUGGAGAUUUGCAUGUGAAAAGUAGAGCGUGUGCUUGAAUGAUACCUUGUCCAUGUGAACUAUAUGUGCUACCAUUUAAUUAUAGCCUUGAAUACAGUAAAAUUACCUUCUAAAGGGCUCAAAAAGACAUAGAAAAUGCAUAGGAACGUAAAAGUGAUGGGCUCUCUACUCAACCAUAGCUAACAAGUGCCUAAAAUUGAAGUACCUGCUCAAAUUAAUCAAAGCAAUAGGACUUGAUUUGAUUGGGUAUCUUUUUACACCAACACAAUAUUCAGUAUUUUUAACCAAAAUGUAAAAUACAUGAUUUUUUUUUGUUACAUGAAAUUUAGUGAUUGGUCUUCAGUGGCCCUUCUUGAUUUCCUGACAGGUUGUAAAUAAGUAAUACUUGGAUGCAAUCUGCUGUGGACUUAAGCUUUUCAAUGCAUUCCUGUCCUGUCUGCUAAGGAAUUAACGUUGAGCUUCAACUGGACUUACUAGCUUUUUUAAUAUAUAUAUAUUUAAGGGCUUACCAUGUGCAAGGGGGAAAUAAUUACAAAAUGAACUGUACCUUUCAGCCAUACAUGAACCCCAGACUUAAUACAAAUAAGAUGUGUUAAAGACAUAAUCCAGUGAACACAGAGUUUAUAUCAAAUGAACAUGAACUAUUCUUCAUGUUCUGAUUCUGCUUUUUAUAUGCCAGUGUGCAAUGUGGGAUAAGCAGUGAGGGUAUGAAUGCAUUGCUAAGAUCAGUGAAACAAGAACGUUGUAUAAGACUCAUUUACUAUGUUCUUCAGAUAGAGGCAGCUUUUGAAUAACAACGUGUAUUUAUUAAUUAGGACUAAGAUAUUAACAUCUCAUUAAUCAGUAUUAGGAUUUCUGAGGACCAUUAUGGUUCAGUUAUUAACUCAGUGAAAUAAUCUUGUGCCCUGCUGAGAGAGGAUUUUAAUACCCCAUCUAUAAGCUUUAAACUUGCAUCUGCAUUGAGCAAGAAUGGUAACCCAGUAAUUAUGUUUUUCCUUUGACAAUCGAGUUCUGAUCACUUAAUACAAAAGGGACAUUUGUCGUUCAAAUGGAUCCCAACUUCUAAAUUCUUAGUUAUUUUAUAUACUGCAUUUUACACUUUAAAAUUGAGCUUAUUUUAUUAGGCUUGGCAAUAUUUUAAAUACAAACAGUGCUACUGGUGCAGAUCAAUUUAUUGUUAUAAUGGAAUUUUAUUUUAUCCUACAAUGGCAGGGCACUUGAUCUAUUCCAAAGUCAAGAACUGGACUGAUGCUAAAUUUGUACUUUCCAGAAGAUACAUUUUGCUUGUGGCUUACCGUUCCUGGUAGCAUUGCAUCAGUAUGUUAAUUGUAAAAUUUAUUGUAUAGUAUUUAACCACUGAAUUUCUUUUCUUUUAUGUUGUGCUUUAUGUGAACCACUGGUGAAGGUCCCAUUUUCCUUGAAUAAUGUGUAGUUACAUGAAUCUGUUUUUAAAUGUACAGAUAUUUUGCUACAAAAUUGGUGCAGUUUUUUAUGGUUUUUACACUUCUCUUUAAUUCCCACUUUAGUCUCUGGGUAAUAUUGUAAAUAUUGUUUAAAAAAUGCAUCAGCCUGUGCUAUACAAUCUGAAUGUUAUUUUAACUUAUAGUUUUGUUUUUUAUAUUUAACUAAAUGGACAGUUUGGGGCUCAAAGUUACCACAUUGACUUCCGCUUCCCUAUUUACAGAAAGUUUACAUUAAAACUGCCACGUAUUGUGUCAUUUACAGCAACGUGUACUUGACAUGCAAAAGAGAACAUGCCAAGAUUGCCUCUUUCUUCACUGACAGUGACAAAAGAGUUUUAAUCUGUAUAAGAAAAAAUCAUUUGGCAACAUAAUUUAAGUACAUUUAUUAGUCAAAUAGGUCAAACUUGUAAGCUCAAAAGCAUUUUAUAACUUAACUCUAGACAGCAAAUAAUUUUAUCAUGCAAGUGGACUGUAAUAUUGGCAUGUUCUCUUUGAUGUUUUUCUAGUAAUAGACCUGCUUCUAGGCAAUAUUAGAAGUGUUUUAUAAAAGCAGUUCAUGUUACUUUUCUGGUCUGUUCACGGCAUAUGAUCAAAUAAACUAUUUACACUACUAUACAGUAAUCCAUGGUUCUUUUUCUUUGGUGUGUUUAUAUUACUCUUUUAUGCAGAGCUUGCUAGCAAAUGGAUCAUGAGUACGAUGAUGGAACAACUUAUUCUUACAGAAAUAACUGUCAUAUCUGUAGUUUUAU